UUUUAAAGAGACCGUCUGCACCCGGGCCUACUCAGUCAGUCCUUGCUAUAGACGGGUGCCCAGCAUGGCUCCACCGCCCCCACCUGGCUCGGUGAUUGUCCCAGAUUGGCACGAGAGCUCCGAGGGCAAGGAGUACCUAGCCUGCAUCCUGCGCAAGAGCCGUCGGCGCGUGUUUGGGCUGCUUGAACGGCCAGUGCUGCCCCCGUCUGUGGCCAUUGACACUGCCAGCUACAAGGUCUUUGUGUCUGGGAAGAGUGGUGUGGGCAAGACCGCACUGGUGGCCAAGCUGGCCGGCCUGGAAGUGCCAGUGGUACACCAUGAGACCAUCGGCAUCCAGACCACUGUGGUCUUCUGGCCAGCCAAGCUACAGGCCAGUGACCGUGUCGUCAUGUUCCGCUUCGAGUUCUGGGACUGCGGGGAGUCAUCGCUCAAAAAGUUUGAUCACAUGCUGCCGGGGCCGCAAGCCGGCCCCUCCCCACCACAGGCUUGCAAGGAAAAUGUAGAUGCCUUCCUCUGCCUCUUCUCCUUCACCGACCGUGCCUCCUUCGAAGACCUCCCUGGACAGCUGGCCCGUGUGGCUGGCGAGGCCCCGACUGCCGUCAGGAUAGUCAUUGGCUCCAAGUUUGACCAGUACAUGCACACGGAUGUGCCCGAACGUGACCUCACAGCCUUCCGGCAGGCCUGGGAACUGCCCCUACUGCGGGUGAAGAGCGUCCCAGGGCGGCGGCUGGCUGAUGGGCGCACUCUGGAUGGUUGGGCUGGGGUGGCUGAUGUCGCCCACGUACUCAACAGCCUCGCCGAGCAGCUGUGGCACCAGGACCAGGUGGCAGCUGGCCUGCUUUCCACCCCUGCAGAGAAUGCCCCCGACUGAAGGGGACAGCAUCAUGAGUGGUCAGCUGUGGCCCCCACUCUCAUCCCCACGAUGCAGGCCAGGGCUAGAGCAAUGGUGUUGGCUCUGGAAGGCCUGGUCAGGUGGGGUGGGGCCUGGCAAGACACCUGCCCCAGAGCCUUGACUUACAGAAUUCCUGGUGACAAUGAGGUGGAAUCCAUCCCACAGACUUCCCCCAGCCUCCCCCUGGCAUAAUCCAUGGAUGGUGAUUGCGGAAGGCACAACAGUGUCCUAGACCAAGAGCCUAGAUUGGGGUGGACUCAGUAGUUAAGUUGUCGCUGGGGACACCCACGUCCCAUAACAGGAUGCUUGACUCCAUGUCUCAGCUCCACUUCAGAUCCAGCUUCCUACUAAUGUGCUAGAAAGUGGCAAGUGAGAGUUCAAGUACAUGGGUCCUGGCCACUCCCAUCAGAGACCCUUGUGGAGGUAGAGUUUUCUGGCUCCUGUCUGACCCAACCUCAGCUGUCGCCAGCAUUUGGGGAGUGAAUCAGUAGAUGAACAAUAUUUAUCAAUAUUGCUCUACCUUUCAAAUAAAUAAAUGAGCUUCAGGGGCCAGUGUUGAGGCACAGGGAGCUGGGCUUCUGCCUGGAAUGCCAGCGUUGCAUAUGAGUACUAAUUCAAGUCCUGGCAGUUCUACUUGCCGUCCAGCUCUCAGCUAUACACCUAGGGAGGCAGCAGAGGAUGACUCAAAUGCUUGCAUCCUGACACCCUAGCGCAAGACCUGGGUGAAGCUCCAGGCUCCUGACUUUGGCUGAGGCCAGCCCUGGCUGUUGUGGCCAUUUCAGGAGAGAACCAGUAGACUCUGUCUCUUUCUUUUCCUCUCCUCCUUUCCAUCUCCCCAAUCUUUUCUUUUUCUAUAACUUCAACUUUAAAAUUAAAUAAAUGCAUUUUUUUAAUCU